AUGUUUCCUGCAGGAGCAGCUACACAGAAGGAGCUGAAGGUGAUUCAGCCUGAGAAAUCAGUUUCUGUUGCUGUUGGAGACUCAGCUACUCUGAACUGCACUGUGACCUCCCUGCUCCCUGUGGGGCCCAUUCAGUGGUUCAGGGGUACAGGGCAGAGUCGGCACCUAAUAUAUAGUUUCACAGGAGAUAAGUUCCCCAGAGUCACAGAUGUUGCAGAUACUACAAAGAGAAACAACCUGGACUUUUCCAUCCGCAUCAGUAAUGUCACACCUGCUGAUGCUGGUACCUACUACUGUGUGAAGAUUGACAGAACAGAAUCUGACAGGGAGAUUAUGUCUGGGGGAGGCACAGUGCUGAAUGUGCUUGCUAAACCAUCUCCUCCUGUGGUUUUGGGCCCUGCAUCCAGAACUGUAGGUGAGCAGACAGUGAGCUACACAUGCAGGUCUCAUGGCUUCUCCCCUCAGAACAUCACAGUGAAGUGGUUCAAAAAUAGAAAUGAGCUCUCUCAUGUCCAAACUACUGUGAACCCUGAAGGAGAAAGCUACAGUGUCUUCAGCACAACCCGGGUGGUAGUGGUUGUUGAGGAUAUCUGGUCUCAGAUCAUCUGUGAGGUGGCCCAUGUCACCUUGCAAGGAGGUCCUCUCCUUGGAACUGCCAACUUGUCUGACAUCAUCCGAGUUCCACCCACCCUGGAGAUCAGCCAGCAGCCAUUAGUUGUAUGGAAUCAUAUAAAUGUCACCUGCCAAGUGAAUAAGUUCUACCCUUCAAGCCUUCGGCUGAUUUGGUUUGAGAAUGGAAAAGUAUCCCAGAUAGAAAAGCCUUCUACACUCACAGUAAACAAGGACGGAACCUACAGCUGGACCAGCUGGCUCUUGGUGAAUGUAUCUGCCCAUGAAGAGGACAUGUUAUUCACCUGCCAAGUUGAGCAUGAUGGACAGCCACCAGUCCUAAAAACCCACACUGUGGUGGCCAGUGCACAGCAGAGGGAACAAGGUAUUGGUGCCAUCUCUG